UGUCUCUAUGUGCCCUGCGAUUGGCUGGCAAUCAGUUCAGGGUGUACCCCGCUUCCUGGCCAUUGACAGGUGGGACAGGCUCCGACACUCCCACGACCCUCCUGAGGAUAAGCGGCAAAAGAAAAUGGAUGAAUGGAUGGACAUAUAUAAAAAAUAAUUAUUGCUGCUUACAUAUUAUUACCAUAAAUAUGAAGAAAAAUCCAGAGCCUUUACAAAACUCAUUAUUACAUACUGUAUUAUUAUCUUAAUCUUAAUAAUAAUAAUAAUAAUAACAACAACAACAACACGGAGGAUGUGACGCAGAAGAGUAUCCAUGUCAUUGAUAUCUCGGUUGUGCAGUGUUUAAUUGGACAGUAACUAUUUUGCCCUGAUUGGCUGGGAGAGGUCACAUGGUUCUACUGCCAUUUUGCUCAAAUUACCAAAUAUGGUUCCUUGCCCCCAUUAGGAGCAACAUUGUGUUUGUAAACACAAACGUAUUGGAUUAUGCGUUCAAUAAAGAGUAUAUAUUCAUAUUUGAUGAAAAAAAAAAAUGUCUAAAAUGUCUGCUGAAGUCUAUACGAAGUGCGCUGCGGGCGGGCGGACGACGUUCGGGCGUCUUUAUGAGUGCGACUUGAUGGAGUCGAAAGUCCAAAGUGAAGUUUGACGCACACGACUCCGCGUGAGGGCCCCUCGCGGGGACGCGGAGCGGAACGAUAAAGACCCCGACGACCUUUGUGUUGCUUUGAACAGCAUUUUCAAACAUUAAACGAGUCGGUGGCAACGACUCACACUAACUCCAGAGAGGGGUUAAUGUUUUUUAAUAGAAAUAAAUUUGUCAAAAAAUACAUUUAUACUGUAUUCGAGCAUUUGAAAAAUUAUCUAAAUAUAUAAUCCAGAUUGAAAACUCUUUUUUUCUCAUGCUUUUUAGAGUAUAUCCACUUUUUAAUCAUAUUACUUGAACUGUACACUGCUUUAAAUGUCUUUUUAAAAAAUAUAUAUUUUGUCAUUUUUAUUAUUUUUAUCCCGUUUUAAAAGUUUACUUACUAUUAAUAAUCUAAAGCACAUUGAGUUACCUCAUGUAUGAAAUGCACUACACAAAUAAAUUUGAUUUGCUAUAUAUAUAAUUAUCUAUAUUUUCCAAUAUUGUUUAAUGCAAAAAAAAUACUGCGUUUGGGCAGGAAAAAAAAUGUACACAAAUUUAUUAUUUUUUUAACUCCACAAAAUUUUUGACAAAAAAGUAUCCAUCCAUCCAUCCAUCCAUUUUCUUCACCGCUUAUCCUCACGAGGGUCGCGGGGGGUGCUGGAGCCUAUCCGAGCUGUCAACAGGUAUGAGGCGGGGUACACCCUGAACUGGCCUCACAGUUUUGAGGACCCGGGUUCGAUCCCGGAUCCGCCUGUGUGGCGUUUGCAUGUUCUCCCUGUGCCUGCGUGGGUUUUCUCCGGGCACUCCGGUUUCCUCCCACAUCCCAAAAACAUGCACCAUUGAUUGGACACUAAAUUGCCCCAAGGUGUGAUUGUGAGUGAGGCUGUUUGUGUCUACGUGCCCUGCGAUUGGCUGGCGACCAGUUGAGGGUGGACCCCGCCUCCUGCCCGUUGACAGCUGGGAUAGGCUCCAGCACUCCCGCGACCCUCGUGAGGAUAAGCAGCUAAGAAAAUGAAUGGAUUGGUUCUUAUUGCAUAAAAAUGAAACACUUUUGCAAAAUGAGACCGAUGUUUGAGAGGCGUCAAUUCUUCAGCCUCAAAAUGUGUCGGAGCGAACGCAAAAUCUAUGAAAGGGUAAAACUCGUUUCAGGUCAGGGUUGCGGUCUCGUUUGAGCAGAUUUUGACUUCAACAAACAUGUAUGAGAUAAAACUCAUACGUGUUGUAAAAGCCAUGUUUGUUUUUCCUCUUCAAGGGUUCAAGGACACGCAGUUUAACGCCGCCAACGCAAAAAAAACCCGCACACUCCGCGGACAAUGAAUUAGCUUGCGCGUUAUGAUGGAGGGAUGUGCGAAGUUUUAUGUAAGAAGAAGAAGGGGAAAAAAACAGCUCAUCAUGUAAUAAAGUCGAUUUUCUGUGGUGCACUGAACCUGUUGACGUCUUAAAUGGAAGGACAUUUGAUUCGGGUUCAAAUCAGCCACUGGGAACUUGAUGGAAGCUAAAGUAAACUCUAUUUUUGAGUAAUGUGUAAAAAAAAAAAAAAGAGUUCAGACGCAAAACUAUAUAUAUAUAUUUUUGUUGUUUCUGUAGAUUCUUGGAUUUAUAUAUCAUAUAAAUUUAUAUAUUGGCCAUUUUUUAACUGCAAAUAUUUUAGAAAAAUAUAUAGAAAAUUGGGUAAUUUAUAAUGGUGAAUUGGAGCAUUUUUGAAAAAAAAUUUGUAGUAAAUUUGGGCAGAGAAAAAGUUACAUUCCAGUAAGCACUCCCAAAUUUCAGGUGAAAUAUGAAAAAUGGAAACUAAAAUUGAGGAAAAUAUUAACCCAAAUUUUUUUCAUUUCAAUAAUAUACUGUUUUUUCCCCCUUUUUUACAAUACAUUUGUACUAAUGUACUACUGUAGACUCGUACUAUAUUGGGCAUUUUUCCCCCAAAAGAUCUCAUUUUCAGAAUAUAGUGAAUACAACAUCCAGGCAAAACGAUUUGCGUAUGAAAUUUGAGGAUUUAAAAAAAUAGAUAUAUUUGAGCAAAAACUCUACAUGAAUUUUAAUUCUCAUCAAUUGGGCGGAUUUUAUUUUUUUUUAAAUUCUGUUUAAGAAAUUUCAGUAUUUUAAGAACAAACAACUUCUUUCAAAAAAAUACAAAAAAAUGAGUAAACCAAUUGCAUUACUGUAUGGAACUGUUUCCAUUUUUUAGAUUAUACUUAGCUUGAAGCAAAAAAAAUAAAUCUUCUAUUUCAUUCUAAAGUAGAGCAAACAUUUAUUUAGUCUAUAUAUACCUAAAAAACGCCACUUGGUGACAGUGACUGCUCCUUCUCCAUUACGGCCAUGGAAGGGUGAGCAACUAGUUGUAAUUUAUUUUGUUUUUAUUUGCCAGACACCGGUCAACUAUUUUUUUUUCCACUUUUACAGCAGUUCAAAAUGUUCAAAUGUUACUUCAGAGGCAACCCGUGCACUUAACAAAGCUGACAAAUCGAGUGAAAUUAAUUUUGCGUUACUUUCAACGGGAAGAAAUUGUUGGAAAACUUGGACGUCAACCUCCAAGUCCUCUUUUGAUUGGCUCCACUAAUAGCACAAUAAAGGAUGUCCACCAAUGGCUGCACGGGAGGUGGGGUGCAGAUCCUCCGCCGUGAUUGGCCGUCUGCUCCACCUCCCACCAGAAGUCCAAGUGCAGUUUGUGUGUAUUUUUGUGUGCGUGUGCCAACAUAAGACCUCCCCCGAACCUCCCAAGUUGUGCGAAACACACGUAGACUAUUUUGACAAUAUAGAGUAUGUAAUAUAAUGUUACAUAAUAUUGUGUAAAAUUUUUAUUACUAUAGGGUCCCGUGCAUGUAGCAGAAGGAGCGCAGCAGCUGAUCCCCCCCGCUCAUUAGUGGGCGACCGCAGUCCCGGUGAGCAACAUCUCGCUACGGGCCAUUUUUGCCGGCGAAUCUCGGAAGGAAUGAAAUACGCGCCGUAGGGCGGCCAUGGUGACGGUGAACACGCUGCUGAAGGCGGUCGGCUUGUUCGUGGCCGAGCUCGUCAGCUCCGUCAGCGACUGGUUCCAGACCUCGCCGACGUGGGCCGACCUUCGCCUGCUGGAGGCCACGGAACUGAAAACCACCGGAGGAGUUCAUGAGAGACACCAGGCCGGAAGUCUUUGGGAGAAGAGCGGCGCGGUGGUCUUAGUGGUCCGACGGCCCGGAUGACUGCUGUGCAGAGAGGAGGCCGCCGAGCUGUCCUCUCUCAAGUCCCAGCUGCAGGACCUGGAGGUGCCUCUCUUUGCUGUGGUCAAAGAGAACCUGGGCAAGGAGCUGGACUGCUUCAAGAAGUACUUCACCGGCAAGGUUUACGUGGAUCAGCAGAAAAAUUUCUACGGGCCUCAAGAGCGCUGGAUGUUCCUCUCCGUGAUCCUGCGAAUCGGCGUCUGGCGGAACCUGUGGCGAGCCUACCGGAGAGGAUUCAGGGGAAACCUGAGAGGGGAAGGACUGGUGCUGGGAGGUGUCUUUGUCAUUGGGCCUGGAGAUCAGGGUAUCCUGCUGGAGCACCGCGAGAAGGAGUUUGGCGAUAAAGUCAACAUGCUAGCCGUCCUCAGAACGGCCCGCAAAAUGCGAGAUGACAUGAAAAGCUAGACCUGACAUCAAUCUGCGCGUGCGAUGAUGUCGCUGCCAAUUCUGCCAAAAACGGGCCACCUUUGGCAGUUUGUCACCUCGUCGUUUCUGGUUCGCCGUGCUGGCCUUUUGCGCGCUUUGAUGAAGAUCUGACUCUUAAACUCUUCUGAGGGAGCAGCUCGGAUGUUUGUGUGCUAGCAACCGGACGGCCAGCCAGACACCAUGAGGGAGAACAAACUGUGAAAGUUUUGGAAACACAUCUGAUUCAAUAAUAAAUGAGUUGUGACUACUACUGUACAUUCCCACUGAAUCUAUCUAUCUAUCUAUCUAUCUAUCUAUCUAUCUAUCUAUCUAUCUAUCUAUCUAUCUAUCUAUCUAUCUAUCUAUCUAU